AUGGGAAACCAGAUAUCAAAUCAUUCUCAGUUCAUAGGCUACCCAAUCAAGUUGGUUGUAGAGAAGGAAAGGGACAAGGAACUCAGCGAAGAAGAAGAAGAAGAAGAAAAGAAGGAAGGUGGUGAAGAAGGUGAUAAUGAAUCUAAGACAAAGAUUGAAGAUGUUGGUGAGGAUGAAGAAGACGAGUCUGGAGACAAAAACAAAAAGAAGAAGAAAACUAUCAAAGAAAAACAUCUGGAGGAUGAAGAGUUGAACAAGACAAAGCCAAUCUGGACAAGGAAUCCAGAUGAUAUACCUCAGGAAGAAUAUGGUGAAUUCUGCAAGUCUUUAACAAAUGACUGGGAAGAUCAUCUUGCAGUGAAACAUUUCUCUGUUGAAGGAGAACUUGAAUUCCGGGCCCUCCUGUUCAUUCCUCGUCGAGCACCUUUUAAUCUCUUUGAAAACAAGAAGAGGAAGAACAAUAUCAAACUGUAUGUCCACAGGGUGUUCAUUACGGACAAUUGUGAAGAUUUAAUUCCUGAAUACUUGAACUUCAUUAAGGGAGUUGUGGACAGUGAAGAUCUUCCACUGAACAUUUAGAACAAAAUCAUGAAAGUAAUCAGGAAGAAUCUAGUCAAGAAAUGCUUGGAGUUGUUUGAGGAAUUGACAGAAGAUGCAGACACUUACAAGAAAUUCUAUGAGCAAUUCGGCAAAAACCUUAAGCUUGGCAUUCAUGAGGACAGUACAAACCGCAAGAAGCUUUCUGAUCUUCUGAGGUAUGCAACAUUAGCAUCUGGUGAUGAAACUUGUUCACUUAAGGACUAUGAUGCGAGAAUGAAAGAAAACCAGAAGCACAUUUACUACAUUACUGGUGAAAACAAGGAACAGGUCGCUAACUCUUCAUUUCUUGAAAGAGUGAAGAAGCGUGGCUUUGAAGUAGUGUACAUGACAGAGCCAGUUGAUGAGUAUGUAGUCCAGCAGAUGGAAGAAUAUGAUGGCAAACAACUGGUGUCUGUUACUAAGGAAGGUCUUGAACUUCCUGAGGACGAAGAAGAAAAGAAAAAGAGGGAAGAAGACAAGGUCAAAUUUGAGAACCUGUGCAAAGUCAUGAAAGACAUACUGGACAAAAAAGUGGAGAAGGUUGUUGUUAGCAAUAGGCUGAUGGAAUCUCGAUGCUGUAUUGUAACAUCCCAGUAUGGAUGGACGGCAAAUAUGAAAUGUCCCCUUAGAAAAACUGGCCGGCUGGCGUUCAUUAGCCCCUCGUUGGGCGCGGCCCGGAGCGCUCCUAACGACGCCGGGGACGCCUUGUUAGCAGGCAUACCGCGGGCCGCCGGGGGCCGCGGCAUGGCGCAGGUUUAA